AUGAAGCCCGUAGAUCACACGCAGCUCGCCGACCUCGUCCAGAGGAAGCCCAUCCUCCUUCUCAAAACCGCGUGGAUGGGGGCGAGCUACAUCCAAUCCAUCGCGCGCCGCGCGCCGGGAGCCAUCCUCCCCCGAAACGGCACCAUACGCUCCGCCCUGCCCGUCGAGCUCUGGCUCGACAUCGUUGACCUGCUGACCGAAGACCUGCGGUCCAAGGGCCUCCGGAACGAGACCAGCCUCGUCCAGCCCUUCUGCGUGUUCUACACCCCGACUGGGACAGUCCUCUACUGCGCCGAGAUCACGGAGCGCACCAAGUGCGGCGGCCUCAAGGACGGCCGGGCCGUCGAGGUCUACGAAUCGUACCUCCGGAACCCGAACCGCACGCCGCGGACGCCCGACGACUCCUGCCCCUUCACCCUGCCGCAGGCUCACGAAACGACGCUCAAGGCCGUCUGCAUCGACGUCGCGCUCCUGGGCUCCGGAAUCGACGUCCUCUUCGACACCGUCACCGUCCCGGACAUCAUCGCCCAGUGCGAGCUCGGCGCCUGCGAGGUUUGCUUGCCGGACCAGCCGCGGUGGCUGUGCCCGUGGUGUCUCGAGGGGCCCCGUGCGCGGUCCAUGUUCCUGAGCCAAAGGUAUAGGUUCACUGUCGACGUGGGCUUUCACAGGUUCCUAAUGUUCUGUCCCCUCUGUGUCGGCCUGGACAAGUCGGUGAACAGUCUGAUGCAGUACGGGGACGUGGACCGACUCAACCUCGGCGAGGUUCCCCCCUCUGUGGGGCCAUUUGACGAUUGGUCCAAGGGUGUAUUAUUAGACUUGGGAUAUGAGGAGGAGAAGCGCUAUUCUUUGGACUCUUGA